AAAGUACUACUAAAGAGUCGUUCCAAUAAACCCCUUUUCCCAAUAAACCCUAAUUCCUUGCGGCUUCUUCUUCCUCCUCCUCCUUCCCACUGUCAUCAAAUGUUUGGUGUUUCGAUGAGAACAUUAAUCUCACCAUCUCUUGCUCCUUUCUCUCUUCAUCUCCCUAAACCUUCUCUCUUCUCCACCGCUCUUCGCUUCUCCUCCCUCACCACUUCCACCAUCUCAAUCAACAACAGAUCCCCCACAAAUGCACCUCCCUCCGCCAUUUCCACCAGAAAACUACAAACGAAAGCGACGGCGCCGCUCUCUUUCACAACUCCCGGCGAAAUACACGUAGUCGUCGGACCAAUGUUCUCCGGUAAAACCACAACACUUCUCCGCCGUAUCCUCGCCGAAAAAGAAACCGGUAAACAAAUCGCAAUCAUCAAAUCAAACAAAGACACAAGAUACUGCACUGAAUCAAUAGUUACUCACGACGGUGAGAAAUUCCCUUGCUGGUCACUUCCCGAUCUCUCGUCCUUCAAAGAGAGGUUCGGAUUCGACGAAUACGAGAAUCGAUUAGAUGUGAUUGGAAUCGACGAAGCUCAAUUCUUCGGAGAUCUAUACGAGUUUUGCCGUCAAGCUGCUGAUAGAGAGGGUAAAACUGUAAUUGUUGCUGGAUUGGAUGGUGAUUUUAAGCGGAGGAGGUUUGGUUCGGUGCUUGAUUUGAUUCCAAUUGCGGAUACGGUUACGAAGCUGACGUCACGGUGUGAGGUUUGUGGGAAGAGAGCUUUGUUUACGAUGAGGAAGACGGAGGAGAAAGAGACGGAGUUGAUCGGCGGAGCUGAAGUUUAUAUGCCUGUGUGUCGGAGUCAUUACGUUUGCGGUCAAAGCGUUUUGGAAACCGCUCGUGCCGUUUUGGAUUCUUCAAGCAAUAAGCAUGAUGUUGUAGCAAGUUUGCUUUAAUGUGUGCGGAGUUGAGAGUUUGUAGGAUUUGUGAUAGUCUUUAAAUAUUCGGUUUAUUAAACAUAAUUAUGUACUAUAUAAUCAAUGUUUUUAAGACU